AAAAAACCGCCAUGCCGACACAAAUUAACCUUUGAAAUUCAAUCUUUUCAAAGUCUGUUUCAAGCAAAGCUACCAAAAGCCAAAGUUUCCAAGUUUCAAUCUCGACUUUUUUCAAGUUUCCCUUAGUUUCUCUUCCAUUUCCAGCCCUCUUAAAUAAAGCCUCGCUACAUUUAUCUUCCUUUACCUGUGAUUCCUUCACUCUGACUCUUACUACUUGUUUUUCAUUGUACAGAUUCUAUUUUUGGGUGCUUAAUUUGGAGGUCCAAUUUGUUCUAUAAAAGAAGGAGAAGAAGAAGAAGAAGAAGAAGAAGAAGAAGAAGAAGAUGGGUAGUUCGAGUACUAGUGUUACUCCCAUGCUCCCUUCAAACCCAAAAUCCUAUGUUUUUGAGCAGCACAGAUCUCUCUUUCUCUCCAGAAGAAGAUCCAAGAAAAAGAGUCGAGCUAUUGUUCCUGUGGCAAGAGUGUUUGAACCAGCAAUUUUUGAGGCAUCAAAGUUGAAAGUUCUGUUUUUGGGAGUGGAUGAGAAGAAGCAUCCAGGGAACCUGCCAAGAACUUAUACUCUCACACAUAGUGAUAUUACCUCCAAGCUUACUUUGGCCAUAUCACAAACCAUAAAUAACUCUCAGUUGCAGGGAUGGCACAACAAAUUAUACAGAGACGAGGUGGUGGCAGAAUGGAAGAAGGUUAAGGGGAUGAUGUCUUUGCAUGUUCACUGUCACAUAAGUGGAGAACAUUUUCUCUUGGAUUGGCUUGCAAGAUUCAGAUAUUUCAUCUUCUGCAAAGAACUCCCCGUGGUGUUGAUGGCCUUUGUUCAUGGAGAUGGCAAUUUGCUCAAAAACUACCCAGAGUUACUGGAAGCUCUGGUUUGGGUGUACUUCCAUUCCAAAAUUCCAGAAUUUAAUAAGGUAGAGUGCUGGGGCCCUCUCAAAGAAGCUGCUGCCCCUUCUGGUGCGGCCACAAGAGAAGGAAAGCAAGCUUUGCAAUUAACCAACUGGGAAUUGCCUGUGCCAUGCCAAGAGGACUGUACCUGUUGUUUUCCACCUAUGAGCCUGAUUCCAUGGUCACAGAAGGUUGCCAGGGAUAGAGGCAGGAUCUAGGAUGAGGGGCUAAAUUUAUGGACACUUAAAUUAAAUUUUGCAUUUAUGU